CUCCUCUCCUUCCCUCCUCUGAUCCACGUGACAGGAGAGUACGAGAGAGUCCAGAAAAAGGCGUUCACAAAUUGGAUAAACUCCCAUCUACUCAAGGUUGGGCAGAAGGUGAACGACCUGUACGAGGAUCUCAGAGACGGCAGCAGACUCCUCAUGCUCAUCGAGCUCUUGACCGGGGAGAAACUGCGGAGGGAGAAAGGGAAGAUGAGAGUCCACAAACUCCAGAAUAUCCAGAACGUCCUCGAUUACCUCACAACCAAGAACAAGAUGAAGCUAGUCAACAUCCACAGUGAGAGUCUGGUAGAGGGGAAACCCACACCAACCCUCGGCCUGGUCUGGUCUCUCAUAUUACGCUUCCAGAUCUCAGGCGCCAUGCAACCGUCAGAGAGCGGAAGUAGAGCGAUGUCCCCGGUCGAAGUCUCGGCAGCUGAACUGAAGAAGAAACUGCUGCAAUGGGCACAGGCCGCGACCGAGGGCUACGAGGAAGUAGAAGUGAGAAACUUCACAACGUCAUGGAAAGACGGACUUGCGUUCUGCGCCAUCAUAGACCGCCACAGACCCGAACUCCUCAACUACGACGACUGCGAUCCCGACACUCCCCUCUCCAACCUCGAACUGGCCAUGAGCGUCGCAGAAAAGGAACUUGGAAUCGUCAGGAUCAUCGACCCCGAAGAUAUCCAUGUUGAAAAGCCGGAUGACAAGGCGGUGAUGACAUACGUCUCAUUCCUGCACAAUGCCUUCCCCGACAUGCCUCCCUCGAGAAGGAAAAGGGGUCCCGAGGUUUCCGUGGAGGACUAUGGAGAGUUGUUCGCGGCAACCAGGAAGUGGGUGGAGUCCAAGAGAAAUGAGGUGGCGAAAAGGAACUUCCCCAAUUCCGUCGCCGAGAUGAAGGUGAACGCAGAAGGGUUUCAAACCUACAAGACGAAAGAGCUACCAUUACACCAGAGAGAUAUGGCAACACUGAAAGACAUGUACACCAGACUUGUCGAGCAGGCCGCCAAGAAGAAGAGAGGGGCUCCCGUUCCCGCAGAGAUGACCUUUGAACCCCUGGAGGAAGAGUGGGCGGAGCUACAGAGGGAGAAUGAGGAGUGCGAGAAUGCCAUGAAGGCUCACCUUGACAAACUCCAGAAGCUAGAAGACCUUGCCCAGUCGAUCCUCACCUCCUGUGCCACUGCCUCAGUCACCCUCGACACCCUGGAGAGUGAGGUGGAGGAGUUCGAGACCUCCUGUACCUCCCUCCCUCCUCAGACUGUUCAAGAGAAUGCCGUCGCCAUUAGAGACAAGUUACAGAACUUGGAGAAGCCACUGGCAGAGAUGGGCAGUGGUGUGGAGGAAUUGGAAGAUGGGAAUUAUCACAAUCUUGAGACCGUCGACAACAGUGUGGAAAGGGUUAAAUCGAAACACGCCUCGUUACUGUCUCGCCUCGAAGUGGCGUCCUCGGUUGCCACGGAGGCACAGGAGGUCGUCAAGGUGGAGGAUAGUAUCCAGGAGCUGGAGGUGUGGCUUGUGUCAUGCGGGAAAUUUGCCGCCAACCAGAACAUCUUGGGACAGAUUGAGGAACACCGAGCAUUUGAAAGAGAGCAGCUGUCUGCGGCGAAGGGCCGUGUCACUAGAAUCACCUCCAGUCCCCCUCCUCCAGGGCUGGAGGGUCGCGUCUCUCAGAUGACAUCCCGCUGGCAGCAGAUACUGCGACAGACCGACGAGAGACUGACGGGUCUGGAGCCACUAGAGGAGAUUGCAAGAGAGUUUGACAGAGUCAAGAAUCCUCUGGAGGACUGGCUCCUCACCAAGACGGAGACUUUCGCGUCCCUCCCGCUGGUGGAGGUGGCCGCCGGCGAGCUGGAGAGGGAGAGGAGGGAGAUGGGGGAGCUGGCAAAGGAGGUGGAGGAGAGGAAGAGGGAGGUCGACAGGCUGGAGGAACUGGCCACCAAGUUUGAGAUGGAGACUGAGCCGGUCCAGAGUCUUGCCGACCGAUAUGCCCGCAGACUCAAGAAGCAAGGCAGUAUUCCCGACAACAUCGACGCCACGAGAGAAGAGAGAGACCCCAGUGCCGAACCAGAGGCUUCCUUCGUCUUGCAGGCUGACGCACUUCAGUCGCAGUGGACCAGUCUCCAGUCCAAGGUGGACGCCAGGUCAAAACUGGUCGAGAACCUGCUCGCCAAGUUGAACGAGUUCAACAGUUGCUACGGGAAACUGAAGGAAUUUGUAGAGGAAGGCAACCGUCUCCUUGGCAACGAGAAACCUGUCGGGGAGAGUGCCUCGAGACUCCAGGAGCAAGUCGAGACCUGCCAGGAUUUCCGUUCUCAACUGACAGCGAAACAACCAGAAGUCGACUCUCUGCUCAGUCUCGGACGUGAAAUAGUUGCCGAGCCCCAGACCAGCACUGCCAACGACGACCUCGAAACCCGUCUGACCGGUUUCAUACAGGACUGGUCGGACCUCCAGCUGGCCUGGCAGAACUGGUACGACGAGCUCCACGCGCGCCGCGAGAGGUCGGGGAAGAUGGGGGAGGAGCUGGGGAGAGUGAGGGAGGGGGUGAGGGGUGCUCGGGGAGCCAUGGCCGCCCUCUUCCCAGCUCGUGUUCAGGUUGAAACCUUGCCACAGGACCUCCAGCAUCUGCAGGAGAGGUUCACGGUGGAGGUGUACCAGCCGUACGAGUCGCUAGUGGCAACCUGCGAAGAAGUGCGGGGGAGCGCCGCCAUGCUGACCGACCAAUCAGCUGCCCAGGAGGCUUUUCAAACCUUUGACACCAUGUCCUCUGAAAUAACCAGCUGUAAGCAGGAGCUGGAUCAGGUGGUGGAUGAGGCAAAGAAAUGGUGGGGAGAUUGGGAAGAGGAGACGCAGUGGCUGGAGGGGGCGGAGUCUAAGAUGGCUGACCUUCGACCCCUGGCUGGAGGUGUGCCUCUCAUAAAAACUCAGAAAGAGGAAAAUGAGGCACUGUAUGAGGAAGUAAAGGUAGAGCAUGGAGAUAAAAUGGAGGGAGUUCUGACAUCGCUGGCGGAACUCGCGUCUCACGGCAAACUGGUAGAGACCUCACCUAUCAAUGACUACAGCGAUGGACUAAGGUCAAGGUGGGGGGCUGUUCUCGAAGACGCCGAGAAGAGAGUCGAACUCUCGACCUCUGGCCACACCCACCUCGGUUGCUAUGCCGACCAGUCAACGACCUUUGACGAGUGGCUCUCGUCCACUGAGAAAAAGCUCGCGUCUACUUCAACCAUUCCUGUGUCUCGGGAAGGACUGGAGGCCAGUUGUGACAUUCUCCACCAGUUGGUGGAGGAGAUAGAGGCCAGGGGUCCAGAGCUGGACGCCGUGGAAACCACUGGAGCCUCCUUCACGGCUUCUGCCAAGCCAUAUCAGGCCAGACUACAGCAGUUCAGGUCAAAGGUCGGAACUGACGAGUCUACAAAGAUCAGUCACAGCUACUUUGUUGAUCCUGACGCCGACGUUGUCACGACGACGGCUCCAGAAUUCAGAAUAUGGAGUAUGAGAAUGGGAUCACCACAGUCAAAGGAUAUUCAACGUUUCUAAGGAAGAGGUACGACUCCCUGGCAACAGGCUCCGCCCAGCUGAGACGGAGGGCCCAGGAAGCUCGCAGAGGAGAGCCGAGUUUGACGGUUGCCUGGAGACGCUGUUGCCACGACUACAGGAGCUGGAGGAACGCAGCGGCGAAGUUGGAGAGAGUAAAGAAAAGAUAUCGGACAGACUGGAGACCCUGAGAAUGGUAGAAGUGGAUGCAGUUGCCAUGGAGACACAGCUCCAGGCACUGCAGUCGGCAUGUGAGCUCCUGGACGAGCUCUGUAACGAGGGGCCGGGGGAGGAGGGAGGGAGGGAGAGCGAGGCUGGGAGAGAGAGGGGAGACGUUGAGAGGCGGCACAGACAGUUGAUGGCCGAGCUGGCUAGAAUGAAAGAUCAUCUUAAUGCUGAGCUUUCAGAUGCGCAGGCUUUUCAAGAUAUAUUCUCAGACUUUGACUCUUGGCUGAGAGAGACUGAGAGGAAGAUACAGAGAGACGAUCCGCUGAAAUUGGAGGUGAAGGAGUUAAAACAAGGGCUGGCGUACCUACAGGGCAUAUCGGGAGACAUUUCGGCUCACGAGGCCGCCUUUGAGAAGGUCCGUGCCGAGUGCUGCGAUCUGAUUGGUCGAGGGGCCGGCGACCCGGAGGAGCUGCAGAGGAACCUUGACAACCUCCAGCAGAGGUGGAAUGCCGUUCUGAUAGUGAAUGACGACAUAGAAGCCAUUGAGUCCACCAUACCGAGACUGGAGGCCUUCAACUCCAGCUACUCCGUCGUCUCCUCCUCCGUCUCAUCGUGCGGCCGUAGACUCAGGGAGUUCGGUACCUCUGCCACCACCAGUGAUGGUGUCCGCCUCCAAGAGAUCGGCUCUCAAGGCUGUACACGGAGAGGUGGAACAGGAGAGGUCAAAGUUCGACGACCUCCUCCAGUCAUGUGACCUUUUCGACACUCCGUUUGAUCACACCCAGUUUGAGAGCGACGUCACCGCCCUCCGAGAACAACUGUCUGCCUGCGAUAAGACUGAGGCAGAGAAGCAGGCGUCACUGACAGUACUGGAGAAGAAGCUGGUGCCAAUGGAGGACCAGUUCUCUGAGUUCUCAGUCUGGCUAGCGGGGAGCCAGGUGGCCCUCUCUGCUCUCUCUCCACCUGCCGUGGAGGGGAGCGAGAGAGAUCAGCAACUAGCCACUGCAAAGGAAAUAGUGGACGAUGUAAUGAACCACGGAGCAGCCCUUACGCAACUGGAGACGGCUGUGAAUGACGUCGUCACUCUGGUUGAUGAAUCCGACCAAUCAGAACUCGGCGCCCGUCUCCAGACGCUGUCGCUACGGUACCAGUGUCACGGGUUCCGAUGCCAUUGUUACCCGGUCCAGCGUUGGCUUGACGACCGCUCGCUCCAAAUCUGCUCCAUGUGUCCCUGUGCUGUCCAAGUCACUGAAUUACAGGAUCAGCUGCAGAAGAUGCAGGAUUUCAAACAGACGGUUGCUGACUACAGACCACAGCUGCUGAACCUGGACGCCGCUUCGGCCAAGUGUUGCACACCACCCCCCACCCCUGGGGGGCGACCACAGCCUACCAACCAACAAACUAGAUGAGGAAAGACGAAACCGCGUGCGGCAGUUGCCACAGAGCUCCACCAGAGGGUGUGGAGGAAUCGCUACAACUCGUCUGUAAGCGGCGGCCACAACGAGAGAGAAACCGUUUUAGGAGCAGAGUUUCUCUCCCUGCGAUUGUUCAACAACAUGAGCAAAUCAUCGCAGGGGCGUGGCUUCAGAUACUCGAGAACUGGUGAGGAGACUGUUUCGCUAACCUGUCUCCCCCGCACCACACCUGCCCUUGUCGAACAGCAGAUAAUCAACUCAGAGAUCGACUGCAGUCAUCUCUGACCACGAACCGACUUCACCU